AUGUAUUCUGGAGCCGUUGGAGGAUGGAAUAUCUGCAUACCCUUCAAAGCCGCCAUAAAUGGCAAGAGACUAAGCCAAAUCUUCAAGAAGGUGCUACUGAGAGAUAAAGAAGUUUCUCGCAAUGACUGGCCAACUGGACUUAUUGUCAAGGCCAUUCCCAGUGAAGAUGGGAAGGAUCCCAUUGAACAAAACAAUUGCACAGACACUGAAAGCUUCCUUAAAAAGUACUACUUACCUGCAGCAUACACCAUGGAAUUUGUAAUUGGAUUCAUUGGCAAUUGCGUUGUAUUAUUUGGAUAUAUUUUUUGCCUGAAAAACUGGUCAAGUGGAAGUGUUUAUCUAUUCAAUCUAUGCAUAUCAGACUUUGCUUUCCUCUGUACACUCCCGCUGUUGGUGUUCAGUUAUAUACAUGAAGAAUGGACAUUUGGAGAUUUCCUGUGUAAAUGCAACAGAUAUUUACUUCAUGAAAAUCUGUACACAAGCAUCCUUUUCCUUGCCUUCAUCAGUAUUGACCGUUACAUGCUAAUAAAAUACCCCUUCCGAGAACACAUUCUCCAGAGGAAGAGUACAGCUAUUAUGAUAUCCCUUGGAAUUUGGAUUUUGGUGUCACUCGAGAUAUCGCCUAUUCUUUCUUUCAUAAAGCAAGUCGAGAUCAACAAUGUCACCAUAUGCCUAGAUUAUGCAAGCUCUGGAGAAGCAACAGGGAGUCUGAUUUUUAGCCUUUGUCUUACUUUUAUUGGAUUGGUUAUUCCUUUAUGUGUAAUAUGGAUCUUUUAUCUGAAAAUGAUGUGUUUUUUAAAAAAUAGAAAUAAGCAGCUGCCAAAUGGGGCUUCUUUUGAGAAGCCUGUAACAAUUGUAGUCCUUGCAGCAACUAUGUUUUCCAUUUUUUUCACUCCAUACCAUGUUAUGAGAAAUGUAAGAAUUGCAUCUAGGACAGACUCAUGGACAGUAAGUGAAUGCUCAUCGAUGAUCAUAAGCUCAGCAUAUACUGUUACAAGACCAAUAGCUUUUUUAAACAGCAUGAUUAACCCAGUGUUUUAUUUACUGAUGGGUGGCCAUUUUAGAGAAAUGUUACUAGCCAAAAUCCAACACUUAUAUAAAUCUCUAAAGUGCACAUUCAAUUCAACAUGA